CUGUGUGUAAAAUCCUCAGCAGAACACAAGACACACUGACCUGCUCGUGAAGCUGCUCUUCUGGGCAGAGAUCUGGACAAACACACUCAAGAUAUACAUACAGUUCCAGCAUGAAGCCCAGGAGGCGGCUGACCUCUGUGGAUCUUCUCCCUACGAUCGCAGAGCUCCAGGAAAGCGAGCUUCAGCAGAGUCUGGAUGAGUACAUGGACUCCAUACGAGAGCUGUCCCAACCGACCUACCCUCUCAGCGGGCCCCUCCAGGGCUCCCGUCUGCCACCCCUACGCAUGGCCAAAUACCCCAGCAUGUCACUGGCAUGCAAGCCCUGGGCUCUCAAUGGACCUGACAACGAAUCACUAACCUUGACAGACUCAAAGGGCCCGGACAGUUCAAAUCAGGAGCCUCUGGACUGGCUGUUCGCACAAGCGCAACACGGCGGGGCGACACUCGCUCAGACCAGACCGGAAGACGUGUGCAAUCAUGAUAUGAGGAGGACUAGUAGUCACAGCCUCAUGAAUGUGCUGCAAUAAUCAUAACGGUUGCAAUGAAUUAUUUUAAUUUUAAUAGGGAUGUGCUCGAAGCUUAAAUCCGGUUUUGGAAAGGCACGGAAAAUUAAUAAUGCAUUCUACGGAGCCCCUAAAGGGACAUGGUCAGGCUUGCUGCGGUAGUCGGUUACAUUACAUUACAUCAGAUUU